AUGAUGAAAAUUUCUUUGCCGGGUGACGUGAAAAGUUUCAAAGUGAGUGAAGUGGCGAAAAAGACUGCAGCGAAUCGCACGGUACAGAUCUGGUCGACGAAGGACUUCAACCUAAAGGAACACAAAAGCGUCCGAGGCAACAUUGAGUUCGACUUCGCCACCAAGGUCUGCUGGAGUCCUGAUGGCAAGGCGGUCAUCCUGCACAAGUCCGUCGCCAACACCAUUGAGGUCUACAAGCUCACGAAGAGGCCUGAUGGUUCUCUCGGCAGCCCACAGGUGUCGCUUACCUUCCCGCAGCAUGACAGGGAGGCGGACGUGAUAGCCUUGGACGUGGCGGUGACGGGCAAGUUCAUCAUGUCCUGCAACAACAAGAACCAACUGAUCAUCUGGGGCCUGCGCGGCGAGGUGAUGGAGAUGGUGGACACGCGGCACGGAGACACGUACUCAGCAACCCUGUCCCCGUGUGGCAGAUUCGUGGCCACUACAGGCUUCACCCCGGAUGUCAAGGUGUGGGAGGUGAAAUUCAGCAAGGCCGGGAACUUUGAGGGCAUCAAGCGUGCCUUCGACCUGUCGGGGCACAAGGCCGGCAUCUACAGCUGCAGCAUAAACAGCGACUCCACGCGCAUGGUCUCCGUCUCCAAGGAUGGCACCUGGAGACUCUUCGACACCAACAUUGAGUACCAGAAGGGCCAGCUGGUGUACCUCCUCAAGUCCGGCCCCUACGAGAACAAGACUCAGCCGGCCCUCAUCCGCCUCGCCCCGGACGGCCGCACCAUCGCCAUCGCCUCGGCCGCCUCGCUCACCUUCUUCUCGGCCAUCACCGGCGACAUCCUCAACACCAUCAACGACAUCUACGCAGGAAACAUCAUUGAACUCUGCUUUGACCCGGAGAGCAAGCUGCUGCUGACCAUGGGUGACCGCCACGUGAGGGUGUUCCACAAUGUUGCUGGCUACCACGCCGCCAUACAGGACUUAGAGGCCAGCCACAAGAAGGCGACCUCGGCAGCCAUGCGGGACAGGAUCAACCAGCAGAUCAAAGAGGCCAAGAAGGCUCUUGAGACCAUCCAGAAGCUCACCCGCGUCAAGUCCAAGAACAAGUGA